UACUUCCUUCUUUGUAGGGAGAGCCUCUCAAUUCAACUAUCACCCACCUGCACACACCCAACUCACCAAAUCAUUGCUUCAAUUUUUGUUGUUCUGUGAGUUGGGGGGCUCUCUCUUUUGAUUCUUCCUCUCGGAAAAUCUAUUUAUCUUUUCUACAAUUUGGAUCUGUUUGGUUUGCUCCGAUUCUAGUUUUUCGUUUAAUAAUUCGGGAGGAUUUGGUGUUCCGGCGAAGCGUCCGGAAUCAUCAUGCAAUCGAGCUCUGUGAAGGUGUCACCGUUUGAUCUGAUGUCGGCGAUAAUCAAGGGAAGCAUGGACCAAUCGAAUGUGUCGUCUGAGUCGGGCGGCGCUGCCGCGAUGGUGUUAGAGAACCGGGAGUUUAUCAUGAUCUUGACGACGUCUAUCGCGGUGUUGAUCGGGUGCGUUGUGGUGUUGAUAUGGCGGAGAUCCGGCCAGAAGCAGUCGAAGACGCCGGACCCUCCCAAGCCGUUGAUUGUGAAGGACCUGGAAGUGGAGGUGGAUGACGGCAAGCAGAAGGUCACCAUAUUCUUCGGAACACAGACGGGAACUGCGGAAGGCUUCGCUAAGGCCCUUGCUGAAGAAGCCAAAGCUCGGUAUGAAAAGGCGAUCUUCAAAGUUGUUGAUUUGGAUGAUUAUGCUGGUGAUGAUGACGAGUAUGAAGAGAAAUUGAAGAAGGAAACUUUGGCUUUCUUCUUCUUGGCUACGUAUGGAGAUGGUGAGCCAACCGAUAACGCGGCCAGGUUUUAUAAGUGGUUUGCAGAGGGGAAAGAGAGAGGGGAAUGGCUUCAAAAUCUUAAAUACGGAGUGUUUGGCCUUGGAAAUAGGCAAUAUGAGCAUUUCAAUAAGGUUGCAAAGGUGGUCGAUGAUAUCAUUACCGAGCAGGGUGGAAAGCGCAUUGUCCCAGUGGGUCUUGGGGAUGAUGACCAAUGCAUUGAGGAUGACUUCGCUGCAUGGCGUGAGUUGCUGUGGCCUGAGUUGGAUCAGUUGCUUCGGGAUGAGGAUGAUGCAACAACUGUUUCUACCCCUUACACAGCUGCUGUGUUGGAAUACAGGGUUGUAUUUCAUGACCCAGAAGGUGCAUCAAUGCAGGACAAGACCUGGGGUAGUGCAAAUGGUCAUACUGUUCAUGAUGCUCAACAUCCAUGCAGAGCUAAUGUGGCUGUGAGGAAGGAGCUUCAUACCCCUGCAUCCGAUCGUUCUUGUACGCAUCUGGAAUUCGACAUAUCUGGCACUGGACUUACAUAUGAAACAGGAGAUCAUGUUGGUGUGUACUGUGAGAAUCUGACUGAAACGGUGGAGGAGGCUGAAAGGUUGUUAGGCUUUUCUCCAGAUGUUUACUUUUCCAUCCAUACCGAAAGAGAGGAUGGCACACCACUUAGUGGAAGCUCUUUGUCACCUCCUUUCCCACCAUGCACUUUAAGAACAGCACUAACUCGGUAUGCAGAUGUUUUGAGUUCUCCCAAAAAGUCUGCUUUGAAUGCUCUAGCCGCCCAUGCUUCUGAUCCCAGUGAAGCUGAGAGGUUGAAAUAUCUUGCAUCUCCUUCUGGAAAGGAUGAAUAUGCACAAUGGGUAGUUGCAAGUCAGAGAAGUCUCCUUGAGAUAAUGGCUGAAUUCCCAUCUGCCAAGCCUCCACUUGGAGUUUUCUUUGCAGCAGUUGCUCCACGCUUGCAGCCCAGAUAUUAUUCCAUCUCAUCCUCCCCAAAGAUGGCAUCAUCUAGAAUUCAUGUCACUUGUGCCUUGGUUUGUGAUAAGAUGCCCACAGGACGGAUUCACAAGGGUAUUUGUUCAACUUGGAUGAAGAAUGCUGUGCCCUUGGAGGAAAGCCAAGAUUGCAGCUGGGCGCCAAUUUUUGUUAGGCAAUCCAACUUCAAACUUCCUGCUGAUACUUCAGUGCCGAUUAUCAUGAUUGGCCCUGGCACCGGAUUAGCUCCUUUUAGGGGUUUCCUGCAGGAAAGAUUUGCUCUUAAAGAAGCUGGAGCAGAACUAGGAUCAUCCAUAUUAUUCUUUGGAUGCAGGAACCGAAAAAUGGACUACAUUUAUGAAGACGAGCUGAAUGGCUUUGUUGAAUCUGGUGCGCUCUCAGAGCUGAUUGUUGCUUUCUCACGUGAAGGACCCACCAAGGAAUAUGUACAGCAUAAGAUGAUGGAGAAGGCGUCGGAUAUUUGGAAUGUAAUUUCUCAGGGAGGCUACAUUUAUGUCUGUGGUGAUGCCAAAGGCAUGGCAAGGGAUGUCCACAGAACUCUUCAUACCAUCUUGCAAGAGCAGGGAUCUCUAGACAGCUCCAAGGCUGAGAGCAUGGUGAAGAAUCUGCAAAUGACUGGGAGGUAUCUACGUGAUGUGUGGUGAUUACUCUUCUAUGCAGGCUUCGGUAGAAAAAGGAAAAUGAAGGGAAAAAAAACAUAUUUUACCGAGGCCAAAUUGUCGGGAUAAACCAAGUAUAUGGGAAGGCCUUGAAAUCCUUCAGGCAGAAAUUGCAGUUUGUCCCUAUAGUGAUUGGUUCUGUGAUUCUUUUUACUCUUUCCUUAAGAGGAAUUUUUUUGUUCAUGUAAUUUAUAUAUAUAUUAUUAUUGAUAAUAAUUUCUAGGCAUAGUUACUGGACUUUGUAAUUUUCGUUAUAUGAACCAACAAGAAGGUUCAAAUGACAAACAAAGACUUCGAUUUUCGGGUUCCUAAUGUAAUUCUCUUCUUGGGUUGAUUUAUUUUUGCUUGGGA